AUGGAUAAAGAGGCCGCCAUACAGAAUGGUGCCCUGUUGGAAUCACCCGUGAGUGCUGGUGGCGAGAUAACGAAUGGUGAAACGAAAAGAAAAUCUGUACGAGAGAGCUUGAGACAUGCAGCAUACAGAUCAAAAUUUAUCCAGAGUAUCUCGGUUUCUUUUGCUUUCUGGUGUUUAGGUUUUCAAGGUGGUCAGAGAGGUCCAUCAUUCUUGGAUAUCCAACUAAUAACUAACACCAAUGUUGAGAAAGCUUCCACUUUUUUUACUGCUGCUUCUGUAGGCUACUUGAGUGGUUCUUUAAUCAGUGGCAUCCUGUAUGACAGAUUUAACAAGACGCUUCUACUGGGACUGUGUGUAAUCCUCAUGGCAAUCACGGUCGCUGUAUUACCCCUUUGUUCACCAUAUGGUUUGAUGCUGGUUAUCUUCUGGUCUAAUUCAUUUUUUAUGGGCGGAUUGGAUGCAGGUGGAAACGCCCAUCUGGUUUCAAUAUGGGGAGAAGACGAGGGGAGACCAUACAUGCAGGCCGCUCACUUUGCAUUCGCUUUCGGAGGAGUUAUCUCCCCUUUAGUAACAGCUCCAUUCCUUGUACCGAACACUGAAGAGACAUCAACCAACUCCUCGUCAACAACAUUUACAGAAGUAACGACCAUGCCUUCUACUGUUGUACUGAAUACUACACUAUUAGAUUAUAACAUCACCAAUGAUAACUCAACUCUAGGUAAUAAUAUCACCACCAUUGCUGAACCUGUUGAAACUAAAUUAAUCUAUGCUUAUAUAAUAUCUGGUAUUGUUACCUUACUAUCCGCCAUUCCUUUCAUGGUGAUAUAUUGUCGUUACAAGUCACAGAAGAUUAAGAGGAAUGAGCCUAAGAAGGAUGAGAACAGACCGAUCAGAGAUCUUCCUUGGAAAUAUUAUAUACUAGCUAUUGUUCUUUUAAAUGUCUUCUAUGUCGCCUAUUGUGUCGUGGAGAACUCCUUUGCAGCUUACCUAAUGACUUUUGUGGUAAUGGAACUUAAAUGGAGCAAGGCCAAAGGUACUCAAAUUACAUCCGCAUUUUGGGCGGCUUUUGCUGUUUCGAGAUUUUCAGGAAUUUUUAUCAUACGUUGUUUACGACCAGUUGUAAUGUUGUUUAUAUGUAUAGCAGGUUUAAUUAUAAGCUUCUCUGGUUUUCUACUCUGUUCGCAUUACAAGAUACACACAGGAGUUUGGAUUUGCACCGUUUUAGUCGGAUUUUCAAUGUCUGUUGUAUUUCCUACAGGGUUCACCUGGGGACACGAAAAUCUCCUCAACAUAACAGGCAAAGUCGCAUCAUUAAUUUUAGUGGCCGCAUCAGCCGGCACCGUGAUCAAUCCUGUUAUUAUUGGGUAUUUGAUGGAAGAGUUAACUCCCAUGUGGUACUGUUAUUUAUUAGUCGGUGAAAGUAUUUUAUGUCUUGCUAUAUUUGUAGUUUUGUUAUUUGUGGCUAAAUUUGUUUUAGUACACAAACGUAUCAUCACAACUACCACAAUAGAAGUCGGGUCACCGCAAGCAGAAUCUAUUAACAAUGGCACACAUUUCAUACCAAAUAUUAUAUCAUCUGAAUUGUGA